AUGCAACAAUAUCUCUAUUUCCUUGUUGGGCUAUUUGCCGUUGCUAGCUGCGACAUGUCACCGGCCGCUACGCUGGGACCGCUAGUGCAACAAUACCAAGACCUCAUCUACGCCAAGCAGUUCGACAAACUCGAAGACCUCUACCACCCCCAUGCCGUGAUGAUCAUCGACGGCCAGCCCGCUCCUUUCUACACCCCAAAGAACAUCUUCCAGCAAAUCCAAGAAUCCCGCUCCAAGAUUGGAAACAUCAAGACAAGCUUCCUCAAGGAAACCUACUCCGGCUCCGGCGACAUCAUGAUGUACGAGAACCAGUGGAAGAUCCGCACCGGCAAAAUUGAGAUGACCGGCCCUUACCGCGCCAUCUGGGUGAAAUACGACGGGCGAUGGGUCAUCUACCACGAGGAGUUCAGCCAGACCAUCAAGCAUCUC